AUGCCCAAACACAAGAACUGCAUUGGAGUGGAGCACAAGGAUAAACGUAGCCUCAAAUUCUGCGCACGGCCUUGCAUUCCUCCAUUCUUAAAACAAAGCCAAGCUCUUCCAAGGACACCUCACAUCAUCCUACUCGAUCACUCCGGCACUGCUUGUAUAUCUGACAUCGGUCUCCACCACCUCUUCUUCCCGGCCACCGCGUCCUCCUCGCACGACGCCUACAAAGCCCCAGAACUCAUUCUCAGCCAAAGAAACAACUUCACCCAGAAAUACGACGUUUAUAGCUUCGGGGUGAUUUUGUUGGAGAUUUUGACGGGAGGAAUGGCAGUAGUGGAAGAGGGAGAAAUGAAUUUGGUGUAG